AUGACACGAGCAGGAGCCCAUCCCGUUGCGACGCUGUGCCUGGCGCUGCUCGCUCCCUUCACCGCGGCCAUGCGGUUGGAGCCGGGCGCAUCGGAGCUGCUGCGGAGCUUCGCGGCGAUGAUGGAGAAGGAGCAGCCAGAUCCCAUGGCCGAGAUGAAAAUGCCACAGUCACUUACUAAGGUUGAGGCUGCCUUCAGUCAUCUCAAUGACUCCAACGUUUCCUUCGAGGAUCAGGCCAAAGAGCAAGUGGCCUCCAUGAUCAAUGCAGGGAAGACGUUGGUGCAGAAUGAGGAAGUGGACGAUCCCAAGUCCUUCCUCGCAAGGGGACAGACAUGCAAGCGGAAAUGUCAGAAGAAGAUGAAGAAACAUAUGGGCAACACCUGUGAACACUUGGAGUUUCAACUGGAAAAGGCCAAGGAGGUGGAUCAUGCCCAUCUUAUCGAUUCUGUCAAGAACGCUUUGAGUGUCUGCAAGACCAGUGCGAAGCAUCACCAGGAGUACUGCACAUGGAAGUGUUGGCGCGAAGAGCUCUGA